AUGUAUUUUGCAAUCCCCGCGUUUAUUACGGGCGCUUUGAUACGCACCUCCCUAGGAGGAGUCCUGCAGGUUAUUGACGAGGACCGUGUGUGUAAAAUAUACUCUAAUAAUGUCGAUGGCUGUACCGGCUACUCUGUAUCAUUCUCAAAGCUAAACGGAGAGGAUUGCUUAGAUAUAUCUGUGGCCGUUAAUGGCACUUAUAUUGACUUCUCUUAUCUUGAUGUCGCAGUAUGUGGGCAGGUGAACGGCAAAAAUAUCGCUUGGAUUAGGGUGAACGAGACGGGAGAGGUUACCUUCUUUAAUCAGAAUGGUGUGAAAGUCAAAUGUAGACUUGAUAAUGGACUCAGUACUGGAAGCUCGUGUAGCGUUCCUGACUUCUACCCUUUGGCUGUUUCGAGCGUUAAUAUGCCUUCAAGCCCCGCAACACCAAGGACUUUGACGGCUGAGUCGGGUUCGUCCUUAACGAUGACAUCUGAUUCGAUCUCGACUACUAAGUCAGACUUAUCUUUGGCUGAUACUGCUGGGUCGGUCACUGCUACUGAUUCAGACUCGUCUUUGGCUACUAGUGCUGGGUCCACCACGUCUACUAUGUCCGAUGCCUCUGGUAGCUCUUACACAGUAUGA